AUGUUGCUUCGUGUGUUGCUUAGGCUUCCUGGUGUUAGGAAGAUACCUGAUUAUUUGACCCACAGCUUCAAACGAGUUUGGUGUAUGUAUGCUGCAACUCAGGCCCCCCGAGGUCAUGGGCGCCGUGAACACGACAGCCGCUUUACGGGAUGUGAAGCGAGCUUUGUUGUGCGUUCCGUAUACUCAGUUGAGGCCGGAAAACCCUCGUGGAAAGUGUGUGUUGAUGAGGACACAGAGAUAACGAUGCACAACCACCCCACUACGAAGGUGAUCUACGAUUCGUAUCGUAGUGCGAAGUCACUUUUGUCGCGCAAAGUUCGGCAAGAACUCGGCCUAUUGAACGAGGUGAAGCCCAGUACUGCUAACGUAACCCGCUAUCUGGCGGACACGCUAGGUGGGUGCUUUUGGUAA